GCAGAAGGGGGAGGUAAUGCAUCAAUUACCUCGAUGCCAACCGCCGUUAAACUGGAAACAAGAAGAAGUAGCUUCACUCGCUCGCUGUAUCUCUCCAUGUAUGCAGAAGCAGAACACGCACACGAAGCGUGUCGUAUUUUUCUUUGGGUGCUUGUUGUGUAACGUUAUUUAAAAAUCAUGGCUGAUGAAGAAUUGGAAGCCAUUAGGCGUCAACGUAUGGCAGAACUGCAGGCGAAACAUGGGGACCCUUCCAGUGACCAACAGGGGCAGCAGGAGGCCAAACAGAGAGAGACUGAGAUGAGAAACUCUAUAUUGGCUCAAGUCUUGGAUCAGUCUGCCCGUGCCAGGUUGAGUAAUUUGGCUCUUGUAAAGCCAGAUAAAGCAAAAGCUGUCGAGAAUUACCUGAUACAGAUGGCUCGCUUUGGACAGCUUGGAGGAAAAAUUACAGAGGCUGGAUUAAUAGAGAUCCUAGAGAAAGUCAGUCAACAAACAGAGAAGAAAACAACUGUAAAGUUUAACCGACGGCGGGUAAUGGACUCAGAUGAUGAGGAUGAUGACUGAUAUGCAGGUGUACUUUUGGUACUCUGGUCUGCUGACCAGGACAUGACAGUGACUGACAGAUCAGUUUCCCUGCCCAAAACACAAUCACAGCCAAAUAAUUUUGAUCUGUGGUAAUACAGGAACUCUGUUACUGUUAUUCAUCUUUAGUUUAGCAGAUUCUCUUCAACACAUUGCAGCAAUGCUGCUACAUAUUUAGACUUUUUUGAGAAUACAGUGGACAAUUUCAGAUCUGUUGUUAUUGCAGUAAUUGGAACUUAUCCCAUAUCCGUGAUUGUGUAGACUUUUUUUUUUUUUUGAGAAAACCUAUAUAUGCAACGGUUUACGAAAUAAAGGCCUUGAACAAACAUUCUUUAA